AUGACCAUUGAACCUCCGAUAAACGGCCGCAUCGGGGCUGCUAAAUCCCGAUCUGGAUGUACGACCUGCAAAAUUCGAAAGGUUAAAUGUGGUGAGGAGAAGCCGAACUGUCUCCGUUGCUCCAGUACGGGCCGAAAAUGUGAAUAUCAAAAUGAUCGGACCUCUACAUUGAGGUCUACCACACCACCUUCUCUCACCCCUACCAAUGCGCUCUCUUCAUCUCCUGAUUCGGGUCGGAGAGAACGAUAUGCAUUCGAAUAUUACUUCCAACACGCUGCUCAACAUCUCGCCGGUGGAAUGAAAGUCGACUUCUGGACUAAGGUCAUCCCCCAGAUCUGUCGCAGUGAGCCCGCAGUUUGGGACGGAAUGAUUGCAAUCAGUACUUUGUUUCAAUAUCCCAACCAGUCUCUGGAUUUCACCCUUCUCAGAAAUCGUCGUAAGGGGUCGAAUUCACUCAAUCAGAUUCAGCUGGAGGCUUUGACAUGGUACUCGCGAUCAAUAUCUAGUGUGCACUCCCAAAUUGAGCGUGGCACUGCAGAUCCAUAUAUUGCGCUCAUGAGCUGUGUCCUUUUUAUAUGUGUGGAGACUAUUCAAGGCCGGAUGGAAGAAGCACUACAGCUAUUCAGACAGGGCGUAACCUUGAUCAGUGAGCUUCGCACUCAUAUUUCGCAAGGGCGUGUUUCUGUCAGCAAGGUUGCACUUCUAGAGCAAGCCAUUAUUCCCCUAUUUCUGCGGCUGGGUUCAGUCUCUUUGACUAUCUCAGGAACUCAACCGAGUGAUAUCUUUGCUUUUGUGGGAAUUAAUCUAGACUGUGAGUUCAAGUCAGCCGAACAAGCCAGAACCAGUCUAGCAGUGCUCUCUGCGGAGGUCGUCCUCUUUGAGCGCGAGACGGUCAUGUAUCUCAGAACUCUAGAUCCGGAUUCUUCUAUGGACCCAAUCAUGGUCUCCAGGAAAGAAUCUCUUAGAGCUCGAGUCUCCCGUUGGCAUGGAUUUUAUACCAGAAUGUGUGAAAACAACCUCAACUCACAAUCGCCAAUUGAGUACGACCCCUUGCUUCUCAUCUACUAUACUACAAUGUCGAUUAUUCUCUCAAGCUGCUUGAUAUCACUCGAGACUGUCUAUGAUGCCCAUCUUGCCGACUUCGAGGCUAUUGUUGAGCAGGCAAAAUUAUCACUUCUUGCCUCCACAAGGCCGGAUGGCUCACAGCCACCCUUCACAUUCGAAGUAGGCGUGGGUCUUCCGCUGUUUCUAACUUCAAUGAAAUGUCGGCAUCCAGUAGUGAGACGACAGGCACUGGAACUAUUGAGAAAGGCGCCCCCAUUACAGGGACUUUUCAAAUGCACACCUAGUGCCCUUUUAGCAGAAAGUUUUAUGAUGCUGGAAGAGAGUUACAGUUUCGCUCUCCAACAGGCAACGAUGACGGCUCAAGCUGAAGAGACUGUCGCGAGUGAAGACUCGGAGAAUAUGCAAGCCGCUCAGCCAAUGCACCAGUUAGGGAUAUCACAGGGAAUACAGGUUGCGGAGGAAGCUCGGAUACAUUAUUACUGCGUUUUCAGACCCAGUGAAGGGCUUCCGCCGGGAGUGAAUGAGGAAGACAUUGCUAAAUUUGGCGACAAUCCCAAUCAGCUCUACUUGCGUUUUGGACAGAAUCGCUUUGAUGCAGGCUGUGGGUCAUGGAGGCAAGUCUUUGAAUGUAUUCCAUUUGGGGGUGGCAUGUAA